AUGAAUUUACCGUUAACUAGUUUAAAUAAUCAUACCAGCAAUACAUUCAAUCGCAAUUUAACCGACAGCAACCUAAUGUUAUCGAAUCGUUCGGCCACUAAUACAAUGUUAUCACCACCGUCUAGUUUGAGUGCAUCGUCAGCAAAUGCUGCUGCUGCGGCAGCGGCCGCCGCUGCAGCUGCUGCCACUGGUGGAUCGAUGCCAAUUUCCAAUGAGCAUUUGUACAGUACAUUGUACGGAAGGGAAUUGGAAUUGAUGCGAAAAAUUUACAAGGGUGAAAAUCGAGAUCAUUUAGUUGAGAAUCCAUUGAUGCAUUCACCGCAUCAUCAGUCUCAUAAUCCAAACGAUGUACUGCUGAUGAAAAACGCUGGCUAUGCCAUGAACUAUCCAAAUGCGGCUGCUGCAUCACAAUUUGGUGGUUUGACCAAUACACAGUAUCAUCAUGCAUUGUCACCGUCAAGAACACCACCAAAAGUGCAUCAUCCCGAACAAAUUAUGUCACCGGACAACGUUCGUAUGAUCAAACAAGAAGAAAAACCGAUGCAUUUUAAUUCGUCGACAAGUAACUAUCCGGGAUAUGGUGCAUCAUCAAUGUCACCCACAACGAUUUUAGGUAAUAUGUCCAAUCCGAUUGCAUCAUCACGAAAAUAUGAUACCGAUACCAUGCACAAGCAAAUGUACGAAGAUCGAAAACUUCAUGCUGGCUACGCAAAUAAGGAUCAUCAUCUUCACCAUCAUCAUCACAAUAAUGAUCAGAGCUAUGGCGAUAAUAUGUACUCUGAUGUAAUGAAUGCAUCAAAUAACAACAGCAUCAACAAUUUUAUGCAUUUGCAGCAACAACAUGAACACGAAAAGCAAAAUCAACGACAACAACAGCAUCAGCAACAAUCGAACACAACGAAACACAAUAAUAAUAGCCAAUUGAUUGGCACCGAAACGAACAAUCACUUUUACAAUAUUAACGACUACGAGAGCACGGACAAAAGGCAACAACAGCAACAUCAACAGCACCAUCAUUCAUCACAUCAAUUAUAUCAACAAAAUCAAUUUUCAAUUAAUAAUACUCCAAAAGAUAAUAAUGGCAGUGGAGUCAACAUUGCAACUGAGAAGAAUCCCAUCAUCAAUAAUACGUCGAAAUUGAAUAAUGCUUGUACUCAUAGCAGUGAUAGUAAUAAUACAAACAACAAUAGUAACAGUAACAACAGCAACACCACCACCACCAACAACAACAACGAUAAUGCAAAGAAUGUUCGAAUGACAUCUAAAUUCAGUGCUGCAAGCCAUGCUAAUGAAAAUGCUUUUGAGAAUCCAUGCCGAACGACGACUACGUUGUCAUCUUCAUCGUCGUCGUCGUUGAUAACAUCAACGGCCAAGAUGUGUACAAAAUCAAUUAAAAAUAUUGAUGGCAACACAUCGAAAAUCAAUCCAAGUAAAAUACAAACCGGCAAUAAUGCAACAACGAAUUUAUUAUCACCACCACAUUCAAAAUGCGGAAAUGAUACAACAAACGAUUUUAUGCUACACAUUCGAGUCAAAGAGCAAAAACAACAAAUGCAAACGACAAACAAUAAUAGUAGCAAUCGAAUGGCCCAGCAAGUUGAUUUCGAUGAGACGAGCAACAGUUGCUCAAAUUCUGGUGAUGAAGAUGCCGGCAAUUAUAAUGACGAUGAGGGUGACGAAUUUAUGAAUUUGUAA